UUUUGAAAAAAAGUAAACAUUCACCAGCUACUAACUUCUCAGUUUUUGUCAGAUUUAAAGCAAAAAUAAGGAAAAGGACAUGGAGCCUCUGGCGAGGUGGACUAAUGACGAGACUCAGGCGCUUAUCUCAGUGUGGUCGGAGGAGAAAAUACAGCGCAGCCUGGAGGAAUCGUUCAGAAAUGAGAAAGUAUACAGGGAAGUGUCAGGUAGGCUGGCAGCCAUGGGGAUGAUUCGCUCUGGGAAGCAGUGCAGGGAGAAGAUAAAGAAGCUUAAACAAGAAUACAAUAGAAUAAAACAGCAGGUUGAGACAGACGGGGCCAACACACAGACCUUCAAGUGGUACAACCAAAUGGAGACUGUCAUGAGUGAAAAGCCAGCUAUGACACACAUUACACAACUUGGCAACUCAGACAUGGAAACAGACACGUCCUUGGGCCAUUGGUCAAAUAAAGAGGUCCAAGCAUUGUUGAGACUUUGGGCAAACCCCACUGUUCAAGAAGAGCUUCUCCUCAACACGAGGAAUAAUGAAAUUUAUGCCGGCGUCAGUGCUAAACUAGCAUCGCUCGGAUUCAACAAGGAGCCAAAGCAGUGCCGGGAGAAAAUCAAAAAACUGAAGCAGGAGUACAAGAGAAUCCAAACCGGUGAAUACAAGAUUGGAAGCCACAGCUCCCAUAAAAGUGUAUGGUUUGCCAUCAUCGAUGAAGUCCUCAGUCCCAAGGCUGCAGCAGCGAGGCGUUCAGGAACAACAGAGGCCUCCUUCACAGAGCCCUCACUGCUCAGUCCCUCACCGUCUGCCCUGGAUGUGGACGCUGAUGAUGAACCCCAGUGGUUCCCUGAUGAAGUCCAAGUGCUGAUGACCCUCUGGGCUCAACCAAACAUUCAGAAACAGCUUUUCACCUCAGCAACAAGCAAUCAAGUCUUCAUGUACCUCAGCAGUGAACUGGCACUGGUAGGGUUUAACAAGACACCACAACAGUGCAGUCUUAAAGUAGAUAAACUUAAAGAGGAGUACAGAAGAAUGAAGAAAGCAGAACCAUGUGGGGACGUUAGAAACGACUGGUUUGCUAUCUUGGAUAGUGUCCUUGGCCCCAGGGGAGAGACUUCUACAGAGGUGGAUUCAUCUGCUGUACUGACAAAAGCUAAAUCACCAGAACACCAGCCAACAAAUGAUAUGUCACCGGCUAUUUGGACAUCAGAUGAAAUCAAAGUGCUGGUCACCCGAUGGGCAAAGGAGAGUACCCAGAAACAGCUUCGAUCAGCUCACAGAAAUGAAAGAGUGUUCGCUGAGUUAAGCGCUGAGCUGGCCACUUACGGCUUCGAUAAGACCUCCAGACAAUGCAGGACAAAAAUAAAAACGUUGAAACACCAGUACAGACUGGUAAAGGAACAGAAUGACCUUAAAAAGCAGAAAAGCAGGUGGUUCAUCAUUCUGGAUAAAGUCCUUAGCCGUGAAGCAGAAGCUGAAGACGUGGAUUCAGCCCCUACGUUUGUGCAGACAUCACAGCAAGACCUUCCUGAAACAGAGGAAGACUCAGGUUGCCGCUUGUCCUUGUCUUCACUGUGUCUCCUGGUUCCAACCCUGCGUCUGAUGUGUGCCUUUGCCUGGCAAGUGGUGCAGUGCUGUAAUGUGCCACAUUAUGGAAAGGUGGAGGAGCUGGUGAGGCUGGUGACAGAGCUGGCUCCAGAGUUGCUGACGCCCAAAGAGAAAGUGCAGCUCCUGCUCAGACUGAGGGCGAGGAUGGUGUUGGAAUUGUGUCGCAGUGAGAGCACAGCCCACCUGCUGAACAUUCAGCCUCACCUGGAGGUCAUUCAAAACCUCGCCAUGGUCUCCACCUGUGAUCAGCAGGAGUUGGAGGAGUUGGAAAAUUCAAAGUCAAACUUUGUGGAUGUUGUUCACAUCCUGCUGGAGGACACUGAGGAGAGAGAGAUGUUUUUCAAGGAGGUCUUCCCCAUCCACUAUGGCCAGGAGUACGAGGCCACUCUGCACACAUUUAUAUGGAAGUUCAUCUCUAAACUGGAUAAUCUUUUGCCUGUACCGGAUAUUAAACAGACCGCAGAGUGGCUCAGCACUGCCCCCUCUGUCAUAGAGGAAUGUGGACAGCUGGCUUUGGAACCAGAGCAGCUGAAGGUGCUGCUGCACUUCCACCAGCAACAGUCAGGAGGCGCAGACAAACGACACUCUCAAACUCAGGAAAUGUUUUUGCCGAGACUGUCUCUUCCUCACAAACCAAACUCGUUGCAGCUCGCUUCGGAGCAACAGGAAGUGUCCUUAGGUGAUGCAGAUGAAGAAGAGUUUGAUUAUAGCAAGGAUGAGGAGGCUGUUGAGGAAAACCAAAUGGGUGAUAAACCAACUCUGGAGGACUAUAGUGAAGGAGGUGAAGACCUUAAGUUCAAAGAAGAACAGGAGGAUGACCUGACAGCUGCAGAGUGCUCAAAUUUAAACAGUCAUACGCCUUUAAGAGUGCACACCUGCUCUUUGUGUCUCUACUCCGACAGCCAUGUGUCAGGUCUUCUGCAGCACAUCAGACAGGCGCAUCAGGAACCCAACCGAUUUCAGUCUAAAGAACCCACGACAGCCAAUGAGAUGAGGAGCACAACAAACACUUGUGAGUAUUGUGGGAAGGUCUUCAAGGAUGUGUCAACCCUGAACAGCCACAGAAAAACACACACACUGCCAUUCCAAUGCGACAAGUGCGGGAAAAAGUACUACUCCAAAGCGUCUCUGGAUGUGCACCACCGGAUUCACACAGGCGAGACGCCAUAUUUGUGUUCGCACUGUGGCCGGGGCUUCAGAUCCUCAUACAGCCUUGGUUGGCAUGUUCGCAUACACACGGGAGACCGACGCUACAAAUGUCAGAUUUGUGGGAAGACUUCAAUCCAGCACCUGGCGAGACACAUGCGGAUGCACAGAGGAGAAAAGAACUAUCUGUGUACAGAAUGCGGGAAGGCAUUUCUCUCCUCCGGAGAGUUAAGGCUCCACAUGAGGCUUCACACAGGGGAGCGUCCGUACACAUGCAAACACUGUGGGAAUGGUUUCAUAGCAAAGUGCCUGUUGACAGUUCAUAUGCGCAAACAUACUGGAGAGACUCCGUACAGGUGUUUACUGUGUCCGAAAUCCUUUCAGACUUUGUACGCGCAGAAAAAGCAUAUGAGGAUCCACUCAAACAAGAAGUCCUUCCAGUGUUUGAAGUGUGGUAAAAUAUUCAGGCAAGAAGAAACUUUUAAAAUGCAUGCUGAAACACACAAUUGAAAGUAGUAGCUGGUGUUUAAUGUAAGAAGUGUAAAAUCAUUGUUUGUCAUAAUGAUUUAAACCACUGGUUCCCAUCUGGUCCAGCCACAGGGUCCAGAUUUCUCCUUAGUCAUUAGUUCAAGGUCCAUACGGUUUGAUAUAUUCAGCAUCAUACUUGUGUUUGGAGAGGAGAGACUCAUUUUUAUUAGCAUGUGCACAUGAGAGUGAAAAUGUGAAAAGUCUUUGGCGUUAGACCCCUUCGAGAUGGUGUGCUUUAAGAAGGGUGAUGAAUUCGGGGAAACCCCCCAGGGUCUAGACGUUGGUGGUGGUAGCGGUGGUAAAAGAAUAUUGAUUGACAAACACGCGAACACAUUGUCUGCGGUCAUUUCGACUUGACCAGCAGACUUCACUACAAGCUGUAGAAACAGGUGUCUUGCUUUAAACCGGCCGCCUGCGAUUUGAAAGGUUAAACCAUCAGUCAGCUUGAGCCGAGCUCAGAUGGCCAGUUCACACCGCUGCAACUUUUCUCUGCAACGUUCUAAAGCGGAUUCAUCUCAUCGUGAAUCUUUGGUCUGAUCUGGGCUUUAAAGAUCACUGCUUGUUUAUCUCCCCAAAAUAAAUGUGUAUUGACACAGAAAUGAACUACGCAACCACAUAUAAUUGUAUUUGUUCAGUUUAUUUUACACCAGUAUCAAUAGAAGGAAGAUGUUUACCUCUUACUAUUCCUGUAGAAUUCACCUAAAAUGCCUAAUUAAGGCAUACCCAAAGUAAAUUCCUAGUCCAAUUACCUAGUCCAAGAUAGCAAUAUCAAAGAAAAUAAACAGUUUACAAAUGUACAUUCCAAACAAUGUACUGAAUGUGUAAUGAAGAGUAAAAAAAAACAAAUCAACAAAGACAGGAAUAACACAACCUAAAUUUUUUACGAAAGACCCAUUUCUUUUUCAUUUAUGUAAUUUUUAAGGGUCUAUACUGACAAUAACUGGUUAAAAACCUCCUCUCCAGGUCAGGAGUUUCAUUGGCUACAAGACCCAUCAGUCAUUGAACUAAGCGCUUGAUAUUGUCUGGCUCUGUAACCUGAGAAGAGAGGCAGGCCUUUCCUUUAACACAGGCUCUUGUUGGCUAUUGUAGGCUGUGGAGAGGACAGGGAAGUGCCAAGUAGGUGUCAAUCAAAUAGUUGGAAUUCUGCCACUAGUUUGGUAUCAUGUGGCAUGUUUACAUGUGAACUAGGGGUAUUAUGGACAAUACGUGGAGAAUAUAUGACGUUUGAAAUGACGGUAGUCCAUCGAUAUCUAUGGUUGUUAUAACGUGUUUGGACUAAAUAUUUUGCUGGAUUUAGAUCGUCUGGACCUUUAUGAGGACUGUUUUUGUAUCCACCUCCCCUCACAUCUGAAAUCUUGGCGUCAUUUUCGAUCAAUUCCUCUCCUUCGACCAGCACGUUAAACACGUCACCAAAACAGCCUUUUUUCACCUCAAGAACAUUGCCCACCUCCGUCCAUCCCUAUUCUUUUUUUUCUGUUUCCGUCCCCAUUUUUGGUCGCCCCUCUGUUGGGGUACCUAGCACACAGAUCUGGUGCUAAAAGGUGGAGCUGUGAACAUUGCAGUCUGUUGAUUAGUUAAUGGAGGACGGUCACUCAGCUCAGGGCUGAGCUGUGGCUGGUUUUGAGGCUCAUGUUGCCACUGUUCAUACUGUGGAGAGUUUUACAUACAGUAUAUUAGUAAACUGUAACUAUAAAAUGAA